ACUCACCUGUUAGAGGGUCAUUCAGCUCCGGUUCACCUUCCGCCUCCACGGUAACGGUUAACUGUCACGGCCUGCUCUGCUACAAGUCACCGAUGGGUGGGCGUGUCCUCAGAUCCCCGCCCUCUGAUUGGUCGGCUCGGUGCUGCCAGUUCAGUCGUGAGAACGGGUCGUGUUGAUUUCAGAAGUCAUCAUGGCGCUCACUUCCCCAGUCAAAGAGCACCCAUAUAGCCAUCUAAUCGACACACUGAAAGAUGGCAGGAUCAAGUUCUUCAAUCUGCAGAAAUUAAAUGAUCCAAGAUAUGACAAGCUGCCUCUAUCCAUCCGUGUCUUACUGGAGGCAGCAAUCCGUAACUGCGAUGGCUUUUACACAAAACAAGAAGACGUCCAGAACAUUCAAGAUUGGCAGCAGCAGCAGAAUAAAGCCGAGGUGCCGUUCUCUCCAGCGCGAGUCCUUCUCCAGGACUUUACUGGUAUUCCUGCCAUGGUGGACCUGGCAGCCAUGAGGGACGCUGUGGCCAAACAUGGCGUGGAUCCCAGCCUGGUCAACCCCAAAUGCCCCACAGACCUCAUUGUAGAUCACUCAUUACAGAUUGAUUAUAGCAAAUGUGCCAUACAGAAUGCUCCAAACCCAGGUGGAGGGGAUGGCCCAAACCAGAGCCAGGGUCCUUCCCGUUCCGCACCCUCCAGGCGAGGCUCUCACUGUGGGGGCCAGCGGGGCUCGUGUAGUAAAGCUGCCUGCAGUGACCCUCCAGCCUCCCCAGGUCGACCUGCAGCAUCUGUCCAGCAGAUUGAGAAUACGCCUCUCCUCUGCCCUUUCCACCUGCAGCCAGUGUCAGAACCUGAAACAGCUCUGAAGAAUCAGGAAAUGGAACUGAUCAGAAACAAAGAGAGGCUCCAGUUCUUUAAGUGGUGUUCAAAAGCAUUUAAGAAUGUGAACGUGGUUCCUCCGGACGUUGGUACAGUCCACCAGGUGAAUCUAGAGUAUCUGUCCAGGGUGAUUCAGGUCACCGACGACUUCAUCUACCCUGACAGUGUGGUGGGAACCGACUCACACACCACCAUGAUCAAUGGCCUGGGCAUCCUGGGCUGGGGUGUUGGGGGAAUCGAGACAGAAGCUGUGAUGCUGGGCCAGCCGGUGUCUCUGACUCUUCCUCAGGUGGUGGGCUGUAAACUGGUGGGCUCCAUCAACCCUCUGACAACCUCCAUAGACAUCGUCCUCGGCAUCACAAAGCACUUGCGGCAAGCUGGCAUCGCUGGAAAGUUUGUAGAGUUUUUUGGACCUGGUGUAUCGCAGCUGUCAGCUCCUGACCGAACCACCAUCGCCAACAUGAGCCCAGAGUACAACGCCACUGUCAGCUUCUUCCCCGUCGACCAAGUCACACUUAAGCACUUUAAAAAGACAAAUUUUACCCAGGAAAAACUUGAAUUGCUGGAGGCUUACAUGAAGGCUGUAAAACUUUUCAGAAGCUAUGAAGACGCCUCUGAAGAUCCCCAGUACUCUGAGGUGAUCGAGAUCAACCUGAGUUCCAUAGUGCCCUAUGUGAGCGGACCGAAGAGGCCUCAGGACAGAGUGGCUGUCAGCAGCAUGAAAGAAGACUUCCAGAGCUGUCUUAAUGAGAAGGUGGGCUUCAAAGGCUUCCAUAUCUCAAAGGAGAAGCAGGACACGCGGAUUCCUUUCCUGCACUGUGGUCAGGAGUAUCAGCUGGCCCACGGCUCGGUGGUCAUCGCUGCUGUCAUCAGCUGCACCAACAACUGCAACCCGUCUGUCAUGCUGACUGCAGGUCUGUUGGCCAAAAAGGCCGUGGAGGCGGGGCUUGUUGUCAAGCCUUAUAUACGGACCAGCCUGGCUCCUGGAAGUGGCAUGGUCACUCACUACCUCAAUACCAGUGGAGUCCUGCCUUACUUUAGCCAGCUGGGGUUUGAGGUGAUUGGUUAUGGCUGUGCCACCUGUGUAGGGAACACAGCUCCGUUACCUGAAACUGUCGUGGAUGCAAUCAAACAGGGGGACCUGGUGGCCUGCGGUGUGUUAUCUGGAAACAGGCAUUUUGAAGGCCGCCUUUGUGACUGCGUACGUGCCAACUACCUGGCCUCCCCUCCCCUGGUGGUGGCUUAUGCUCUUGCAGGCACUGUGGGAAUCGACUUUGAGAAAGAGCCUCUGGGUGUGACUUCAGAGGGGAAGGAGGUGUUCCUCUGUGAUAUCUGGCCGUCCAGGGAGGAGGUCCAACAGACUGAAGAGGACACAGUCAUCUCCUCCAUUUUUAGGGAUCUCAGGGGAAGGAUGGAGAAAGGGAACGCACUUUGGAACAACAUUGACAGUCCAGAUUCUGUGGUUUUCCCCUGGGAUCACAAGUCCACAUAUAUCCGUUCACCAUCUUUCUUCAGCAAGUUGAGUAAAGAGGUGCAGCCUCCUCAGUCGAUAGAGAAUGCUCAUGUCUUACUGUUCCUCGGGAACAAAGUGACCACGGACCACAUCUCACCAGCGGGCAGCAUCGCCAGGGUCAGCGCCGCUGCCAAGUACCUGCUGAGCAAACGCCUGACGCCGCGGGAGUUUAACUCGUACGGUGCUCGCAGAGGGAACGACGCAGUGAUGACCAGAGGCACGUUUGCCAGCAUCAAGCUCCAGAAUAGAUUCAUUGGCAAACCAGGCCCUAAGACUUUGCACAUUCCUUCAGGCCAGACGCUGGAUGUCUUCGAGGCAGCUGAGCGCUAUCAGAGAGAUGGCAUCCCCCUCAUCAUCCUGGCAGGCAAAGACUACGGCUCUGGAAACUCCAGGGACUGGGUAGCCAAAGGACCAUACCUGAUGGGGGUACGUGCCGUCAUCGCCGAGAGCUUUGAGAAGCUGCACAAGAACCAGUUGGUGGGAAUGGGCAUCAUGCCGCUCCAGUUCCUGCCUGGCGAGAACGCAGACUCGCUGGAGCUCAGCGGGAAGGAGAGGUUCACCAUCAUCAGGCCGGACAGCCUGAGUCCGAGGCAGCAGCUCACUGUCAAGACAAGCCAAGGGAAGUCCUUCUUCGUCACUGCACUGUUUGACACUGAGACGGACAUUAUCUUUUUCCAACACGGAGGUCUCCUUAGAUACGUUGCUCGGACUCUUCUCUGAAACCACCCCGCAGCCUGGUCCUAAGCCUUCUGAAUGUGCCCAGCAGUCACCAUCAAUUCACCAAUUAGUCUUCAGCAUGGACGAAAACCAGCUUGACGAUUUGUCUGUUUGAGCUGGAUGAACGUCUCCAGACUUUUGGAGCCACAAGAUGUCAGCCGUCAGACGUGAGCUGCUUCUUCUAUCACUACACGUGACUGUGUCUGCAGUCGCAACAGAGGCAGUCAAAAGCAAAACGCAGAAGGACGUGGUGACAUUCACUCAAUAAGGAGAUUGUACCCUAGACGACCUUUGAACAUUGUUUUUUGUGUUGUAUCGUGUUUGAGAACGAACUUGCAGCGUACAGAGGGGACAUUUCUUUCAUCACGGAGUUAAACCAAGAAGAAAUGGAUCCUGUCUGCUUCUGUUGUCAUUUAACAAAAUAAAACAAUCCUGCCCAGAGAGGCUAACAUGGUGCUAGGUACUACGGCACGUUGUUUCUUAGGGUGUGGUUCAUGUAUUUCUACCAACAUCCAUGCAAAGUCUAAUUUUGCAGAAUUGAUGUCAGUUGCCCAUAUUUCUUAGUGGGGCCAAACAAUCAUAUGUAAAUCAAAGUUCCCUUAAUAUUUCUUUAAUCAAAGUCCGUUUUGCAGUCGCCUCCUGGUACACUCAAUUUAUGUUAUGUGGAAGAUGUGAAACCCUCUUGUUGCUGUUUGCUUGUGUCACUAAGCUACAUAAAGACGGCUCCGCCUGCAACUGACAGUCCUCCACAUCACAUUAAAGGUCAUUUAUAAAAGUUUUUCAGCCUGAAGAAUUCAUUAAUAUUAAUUUACAAGGCUGCAGACGCCUCAAACGGUUUGAUUAAGUAUUUAAGUCAAGUAUUUAAAAUACAUUUUGUAUCCAAAGUUUAACAAUAUUAUAUCAAAGUUCAACAUUAUAAGUCUAGUCAACCGAACUGGUGCUGAGGUGAAAGGUAGUGGCGCUGGUGUUGCCGGCUGUGGUUACACUUGUCAUUUGCAUGUAGUUAUUUAUUUUCAAUUUUAGGUAUUUUGAAAAACAGAUAUUGUGUAAUCACACGGCUUUAUCACCCAAAUAACUUUUUCUUUAUCUCCAGUGAACGGGUCCGGUUAAAUCUCUCUCUUGUCUGACACCGACUACCAUUAUUAGCAUUAUAUCAACCUGGACUCUGUUUUCCUAUGUUUUUGUGUCUAGUGACUAACGAAGACGACAGUUUUUGAAGUUGGUCCAGUACUGAGUGAGAGCACUGCAGAGGGUAGCAGCAAAACAGACGUGGCUGUGGUUUAGGAGGUAGAGUGUGUCUACUAAUCCAAAGAUUGGUGGUUCACUCCGCCCCUCGAGUCCACAUGUUGUAGUAUCCUUGAGCAAGAUACUAACCCUAAAUUGCUUCCAAUAGCUGUUCCAUCAGUGUGUGUGUUAAAGCUGAGUAGCAGGUGGCAUCUUGUAGAGUAGCUUCGGCCACCAGCGUGUGAAUGGGUGAAGGUGACUUAUAGCGUAAAAAGCACUUUGAGUGGUCGGAAGACUAGAAAGGCGCUAUAGAAGCGCAAUUUACGACCACUAAAAUUGCUGGUUUUUGCCACUGACAGGCUCAGAUUGUUAGAAGUGUUUAACGUUUUGGAAAGGAUCCUACAGAGAUAGACCUUUUUUGUUUGGUCAGAAACAGCCCUGAAAUUGCUAUCAACCAACUGACCAAACUCCAUUUAAACAUUAAAUUUAAACAGAUUUUAACAUCCCAAAACACACUUUAUUCGAAUUCGACAGAGACAAAAUAAAACUCACAAAAAGCAUCUUGGUUUGUCUUUAGGCUGUUCCAACAAUCACCAGCUCUGGUUUGGUUUAAGUAAACCUUUAAUUCACCCAGUUAGAUGUGAAAAUUUGCUGGUUAUACACAUCCUAAAAUGACUGUUUAUUUAAAUGAAGUCUUGUAUGUUCGGUGAUAUGGAUUUUGGAGAACGGUUUCUGGCUGAACAAAAAGGUCUGUCCAGGGUUUCCCGGGUCAUGGAAAACCAGGAGAAGCAAUGGAAUUUCACAAUCUCUUUGUCCAGGCCUGGAAAAGUCAUGGAGUUUGUAUAGAGUUCUGGAAAAGUCCAUGUAAUGUAACAUAAUAGUGAAUUUAUUUCCUGUAAAUUACCCACGGAGAUAACAUAGCACUAAUAUGCGUCAACUUAGGGCUGCUUAAUAUAUCAUUUCAGCAUCGACACUGCAAUGCAUAAUAGUCCUGUUGAACAAUGUGCAACGUCAAGUGAGUCAAAUUAGCUCAAACAAUUUUUUUGAUGCUCGAUACAAAUGGGAAAAGUUGCACAGUUCCUGUUUUCCAUGACUUAUACCUGUCAAGCCUUCCCUUUUUAGACGUUGCGUGUUUAUGUGAUGUGGUGUGGCGGCAUUUGCGACGGGAAGCGAGACUCUCUUGCAUAUGUGUGUGUAGAAAAGUACCAUAACCAAGCCGGCAAGUGCAACAGACAGAGUGACGUGCAAGCUUUUCUGAAAUGAAAAUUUUAUGAUGGUUCUUGAAAAGUCAUGGGAAAAUUUUGAAAUCUUGUCCAUGAGAAUGUGUGGGAACCCUUUUUAUCUCUGUAGUAAUCCCACCCAUAAUGUUGUCAUCCACAGGUAAUUAAAACAAAAUAAAAUUACUAUUAUGUUACAUUACCUGGUAAUGGUACUGGUACUGCAACAGUUAAUUUCAUUACAAACAAUGAAAUUCCAGGAGUUUUCCAAAACUUCCAAUGAUUUAUACAAACUCCAUGACUUUUCCAGGCCUGGAAAAUGACACUGAAAUUCCACGACUUCUCCAGGUUUUCAAUGACCGUGUGAACCCUGGACAGACUUUUUUGUUAAAGAGUAACAUCCGUUUUGUGUAACUAGAAACGGCCUUGAAAUUACCAUCGCUAAACCCACCUGACUCCAUUUAAAAAAAAACAGUCAUUUUAGGGUUUGUAUAACCAGCGCAUUUUCACAUCUAACUGGGUGAAUUAAGGGAUUGUUGGUCCAUGAUGGGUUUUUUUGAGUUUUAUUUUGUUUCUGUCGACUUUGAAUCAAGUGUGUUUUGUGAUGUUGAAAUUAUUGCUUAUUUAAAUGGAGUCUGGUGAAUUGGUCGAUAGCAAUGUCAGGGCUGUUUCUGGUUAAACAAAAAAGUCUGUCUCUGUAGGAUUCUUUCCAUAAGGUUGUCAAACACUUAUAAUAACAAUCUAAAUCUGUCAGCAGUAAAACAAGCACUUCUAGUGGACGCAUAUUGAUGGUGUUGAAUGUUCUUAGUGGUUACAUUGCAGCCUGUUUCGCCGCUGCCAGCUGCAGUUGUCUUUAUUAGUCUCGUCGACACAAAAACAUGAGAUAAAAUAGGUCCAGGUUGAAAAAUACUUACGUUUCCCUUUAAGUCAAUGUCACUUGGGGCUGAAGACUAAAAGUUUGUAAAAUUUAAAAACUCACCAGCUCACCAGACCUUUGUAACUCACUCCUAAUCUCUGCUUAAAGCUAGCAGCCUUGGCUACAUUAGCUGCUGCUAGCACAACUCCCAAAUCACUGUCUGACCCACAGGCUUGUGAAUUGCAUUGUGGGUAAUGUAGGUUUUGGGUUUUGUAAAAUAAGGCCAACAAAUACUUCCCAAAAUGGCAGACUAGUUCUUUACAUGGUCUCACUUCAACAGCUGGAUCAGGUUUCUGCUCCCUGUUGUGAUUUGACGAGACGUGUAGAUAGAAGCUGCACAACAAAAGACAAGUGUGAGCACAGCCCUUCAUAUCUUUGGUGCCUCUCAUGCCAUCAGUUCACUGUCCCCACAUCACUUAUUAAAUAUUACGAAAACUCUUUGCAUGAGGAGAUUAUCAAAUCAUAUCCAGUGAGAAAUGACUGAUGAUUACUAGUUAUCAGUUAGCAGCUGAAUGGUGAAUGGAUGCCAGCCCAGCCUAUAUACAAGUAUUGUUUAGUUUAUAACCCAUCAUAUAUUACAUGUAUGGAGGUACUGGAUUUUAAAAGUUCAGUGUGACAUCAUUGUUUUUGUGUUGGCUCUGUAUGUGCAUGUUCAAACCAUUUUAACUCAGUGAUUUUGGUGGAUAAUGGAACUUCCUUAAAUCGUCCCUUCAGUGUAUCAUGUCACAUUAUCUAGAAUGUGGAUUGGAGCCUUUAUGCAUUUAUAUUUUUUUAGAGAGCAUGAUAGAAAGCUGGCUGUGUUUAAGAGAAGUUAUUUAUUGAUUACCUACACUAUUCUGUGAUAUGUUGAAACCAUUAACUGCCUGAAACUGUGUAUUUGUUUUUGUCAUUUUACCAGUGAACAAUGACGGUGUUUUGUCAACUGCCAAAACAAGUAGCAAGCUGUUAUGAGUCUCUCAUAGUUCCUGCACUGCUUCUCAUCACAGGACAUGAAGGUUCUUAGCUCCUCGGCCAGUCCGUCUUCACAGUUUGCCUUCCUAGUUUGGGGUUGUUUUGAUUAGAUAGUGAUAUGUGGAUGCAGCACAGUGUGGAGGCUUUGGCUGUAGUGUCAUCAUGUGUAGCAGUUUGCUUCCCAUUGUCACAGUUUAGGGAAGCAAAGUAUGCAAAACAAGUGCACUGCUGCACAUGUGAAAAGGUGUCUGGAUGUCUGUAACUCUGAAUCAUAUUGUACAUAGUUUUUAAUAAAUGGUAAAGGUUG